AUUGAAAUGCUUAAGAUUGACUUUAUUGUUAGCCAUUGUUGUUGUUUGCCAAAAACUGUCUCUUAAAAUGUCAAAAAGUUCCGGCAAAUUAAAUAUUAUUAACCGACAUACAUAUGAAGACUUCAAAAGCGCAGAUGGACAAAGAGAACUUAAGACAUUGCGCAGUGCCAAGUACAAGAAAAAGCACAAGAAAGAGGAGCAAUGCUCGUUAUUCGACUUUGUUAUUGUGCCCCGAAAGCAACAAAAAAGUGUAAACAAAAACAAAAAGAAACGACCCAAUUUGAUCAUAGCCCGAAAUUCUUUCACUUUCCAAUCAAAACGGAAAGGAAAGACGCGUUUACAUCCGAAAAUUCGUAUAACCCGCUUAAAACGAAUCAUUCGAAACUUUCGCAAAUUAAAGCAGCAAACUAUAAAUCAGGAUAAUGUUGUGGAUCAUUUGGAGGAGAAAUUCGGAGGGAUGUUUAUUGAACAGCCUACUAAAGAAUUAGACAACAGUUUGUCGAUUCAAUUAGAUUUGUUAUCACAUGCAAAAGAGCCAACGGAAACAUCGCUUAACAAUGCGAUGUCAGCAACUCAUCAAAUACAUUCCCGUAGAUUUAGAAGUUACUGUGAUAACUGCACUACAAAGCGCCUCAAAGAGUUGACAACUCAGUUGCUUAACGACUUGGAUCGGUUUCAAAAACGUGCUUACGCCAAUAACGAAAUAAAGGCACGUGCGCAUCCUCGGCUUGUGGUCGGUUUUCGAGAGGCGCAAUCAAGACUGCGCGUCAAUAAAGUUAAAUUGCUGCUCCUGGCGCCCGACUGUGAGAUAUGCCCUGCAGCCGGUGGUCUGGACGACACGAUAACUGAGCUGAAGUCCCUGUGUCAGCAACAACGUGUGCCUUAUUGCUUCUCCCUAAUGCGACGAGAAUUGGCUUAUGCUCUGCAUAAACGGGCACAAAUCUCCUGCGUGGCAAUUUUGGACUACGACGGUGUUAAUGAGACCUUCAAGCAAGUGGUCCAUGAGGUGAAUGAGGCACGCCAGCAGUACAAAGAGUUGACUGCAACUGCAAAGUGAUGUUUUUG